AUGAGCAACGAGCCGCUUCUCCCCACCUACUCGCCGCAAGCAGCCCGGCCGGCACCACCAGCCGCUGCCGCCGCGAUCAGCAACACCCUCAGCAACGCGUCCAGCCACGCGCUUAGCCACGCGCUUAGUAACGCGUCUAGCGACGCGGCAUCGGAGCACCUGCAAUACGACGACGAAAGCCGCCAUGUCCCCGUGUCUUCCGGCGGCAACGGCGGGGACGUCGCGGUGCCGAUUAACCGUCUCACUAGCGUCGAGUGGGCGGAAAUGGGGGCGCUGGUAGCGGAAACCACGCCGGAGUAUCAGCCAAUCGCGAUGCCGCCAGACCAGCAGCCCGAGCCGCGCGACGACGGGUCGCAGUCAGCGGUCAGUCAACGUCAGGUCGCGGCGGCGCCGCAGGACUCGCGGCGGCGCGGCGGCGCGGCCAAAUACCUCCGCACGAGCCUCUACUCUUUAUUCUUUGGGUCGCGCAUUAAUCUUCUGCUGGUGUUCGUGCCCGUGACGUUUUUCUGCGUGGCGCAUAAUUUACCUUCUAACGUCAUAUUCACAUUCAGCCUGCUCUCGCUAGUCCCGCUUGCGGAGCGGCUCGGCUUUGUAACGGAGCAGCUUGCAUUGUGUACGAACCCGACCCUGGGAGGGCUUCUUAACGCGACGUUCAGUAACGCGCCGGAGCUGAUCAUCGUUAUGGUGGCGCUGCGAAGCGGGCUUGUACGCGUUAUACAGCUCUCCCUUUUAGGGUCCAUUCUGGGGAACCUUCUGCUGUGUCUCGGGAGCGCGUUUCUGGCCGGCGGGAUGGUGCAUCGGAACCUGCGCUUCAACAAGCCAGCGGCGCAGAUGAAUUGCGGCGCUCUCAUGCUCGCGAUGAGCGGGCUGCUCUUCCCGAACCUGCUCCACGCGACGGGCACGGAGCUCCACGAGAACGACUCGGAGCUCGCGCUCUCGCGCCUCGCCGCCGUGCUCAUGCUCGUCGCGUACUUCGCCUACAUCUACUUCCAACUCUUCACACAUAAAGACCUAUUUGAAGGCGGCCCGGACGGCGACGGCGGCGCGGACGGCGACGCGGAGGGGGGAGGGGAGGCGGAGGAGGAGGAGGAGGAGCAUUCGGUGCUGGGGUUUUGGGGCGGCGUGUUUUGGCUCGCGCUGGUGUCGGCGUUAAUUAGUGUGAUUAGUGACUAUUUGGUGAACAGCGUGGAUGGCGCUGCGGAGGAGUGGAACGUGCCUGUAUCGGGGCUGUGCGUGGUGGUGCUGCCGCUCGUUAAUAACGUGACUGGUGAGUCGAUUGGGGGGAAGCAGAGAGAGGAAGGGGGAGAGGGAGGAAGGGAGAGAGGGAGGAAGGGAGAGAGGGAGGAAGGGAGAGAGGGAGGAAGGGAGAGAGGGAGGAAGGGAGAGAGGGAGGAAGGGAGAGAGGGAGGAAGGGAGAGAGGGAGGAAGGGAGAGAGGGAGGAAGGGAGAGAGGGAGGAAGGGAGAGAGGGAGGAAGGGAGAGAGGGAGGAAGGGAGAGAGGGAGGAAGGGAGAGAGGGAGGAAGGGAGAGAGAGGAGGAAGGGAGAGAGGGAGGAAGGGAGAGAGGGAGGAAGGGAGAGAGGGAGGAAGGGAGAGAGGGAGGAAGGGAGAGAGGGAGGAAGGGAGAGGGAGGAAGGGAGAGGGAGGAAGGGAGAGAGGGAGGAAGGGAGAGGGAGGAAGGGAGAGAGGGAGGAAGGGAGAGAGAGAGAGGGAGGAAGGGAGAGGGAGGAGGACGGGAGGUGGGCGGCAUGGAGAGGAGGAGAGAGUUAGAAAGGCACACCUCCGCCAGAGCAUCCGCAGCAAGCUCAACGUGUCCCCUCUCCAUCUCAGUCGGGAGGAAGGGAGAGAGGGAGGAAGGGAGAGAGGGAGGAAGGGAGAGAGGGAGGAAGGGAGAGAGGGAGGAAGGGAGAGAGGGAGGAAGGGAGAGAGGGAGGAAGGGAGAGAGGGAGGAAGGGAGAGAGGGAGGAAGGGAGAGAGGGAGGAAGGGAGAGAGGGAGGAAGGGAGAGAGGGAGGAAGGGAGAGAGGGAGGAAGGGAGAGAGGGAGGAAGGGAGAGAGAGAGGAAGGGAGAGAGGGAGGAAGGGAGAGAGGGAGGAAGGGAGAGAGGGAGGAAGGGAGAGAGGGAGGAAGGGAGAGAGGGAGGAAGGGAGAGAGGGAGGAAGGGAGAGAGGGAGGAAGGGAGAGGGAGGAAGGGAGAGAGGGAGGAAGGGAGAGAGAGAGAGGGAGGAAGGGAGAGGGAGGAGGACGGGAGGUGGGCGGCAUGGAGAGGAGGAGAGAAGCACACCUCCGCCAGAGCAUCCGCAGCAAGCUCAACGUGUCCCCUCUCCAUCUCAGUCGGCUCGUGCAUCCCUCAGAACCUCUCUCAACCCAUUCCCCUCUUCCCCUGCCCACCCCUCGCCCACCACCAGAGCACACAGCACACGUCCGCCAUUCUCUUCGGAAUCCGCAACAAGCUAGACGUCUCGCUCUCCAUCGCGGUCGGGUCGUCCAUCCAGCUGGCCAUGUUCCUCAUCCCGCUCGCCGUCCUCGGCGGGUGGGCAAUGGACGUCCCCAUGGACCUCAACUUCCACCGCUUCGAGACCUGCACGCUCUUCAUCACCGUCCUCGCGACUGUGCUCACGCUGCAUGAGGGCUCGGCGAAUUGGCUCAAGGGAUUCAUGUUCGUGCUCAUGUAUCUCAUUCUUGCCGCGACGUUCUUCAAUCAUAAAGAGGAUUAUUUGGAGCCGCAAGCAGCAGCAGCGGUCGCAGAUGCUGCCGCGGGGGCCGCCGCCGCCGCCGCAGCAGCAGCAGGAGGCGUGCAGACCAUUGCGUCGCCGGUGGUUUUCCGGUGUCCCUCUCUCCCUGGUUCGUCUGGGGGCUUCUGCUCACCUGCCAGUCCCUCCUUGCCUCUCCCUCAAGCUGUUCGUUCUCUCUUCCUCUACUUCAAGACCACCUUUUCCAUCAUUUUCUCUCCCUCUCAAUUUUGCUUCCCCCCUCCCUCCUCCCUGCUUCACCCCUCCCUCCUCCCUGCUUCCCUCCCUCCUCCCAGCUUCCCCCCUCCCUCCUCCCAGCUUCCCCCCUCCCUCCUCCCUGCUUCUCCCCUCCCUCCUCCCAGCUUCCCCCCUCCCUCCUCCCAGCUUCCCCCCUCCCUACUCCCUGCUUCACCCCUCCCUCCUCCCUGCUUCCCCCCUCCCUUCCCCCUUCUUCCCCCCUCCCUUCCCCCUGCUUCCCCCCUCCCUCCUCCCUGCUUCCCCCCUCCCUCCCCCCUGCUUCACCCCUCCAUCCUCCCUGCUUCCCCCCUCCCUCCUCCCUGCUUCCCCCCUCCCUCCCCCCUGCUCCCCCCCUCCCUCCGCCCUGCUUCCCCCCUCCCUCCGCCCUGCUUCCCCCCUCCCUCCCCCCUGCUUCCCCCCUGCCUACUCCCUGCUUCACCCCUCCCUCCGCCCUGCUCCCCCCCUCCCUCCGCCCUGCUCCCCCCCUCCCUCCGCCCUGCUCCCCCCCUCCCUCCGCCUUGCUUCCCCUCUCCCUCCGCCCUGCUCCCCCCCUCCCUCCGCCCUGCUCCCCCCCUCCCUCCGCCUUGCUUCCCCUCUCCCUCCGCCCUGCUUCCCCCCUCCCUCAUAGAGACCUAUCUGGAUUGCAUUCACAUUAGCAAGGAGAAGGGUGGGCGCACGCGCAUGUUUAUGCUUACGGAAGCAUGA